GAGGCCCAGGCCGCCCCCGGCCGCCAUGCGGGGCCGCCGCUGAGGCGCGAGGGGGAGGGCGGGCGCGGCCCGGCAUGGCGCGCGGCCCCGCGUAGCAGCGCCCAGCCCCGCCGGCAGCGAGGCCCCCGCCGAGGAGGAGGAGCUGACAGGGCCGCCGCGGCCUCCGCGCUGCCGGGCCCCGGGGUGGCCGCGGCCCAAGGUGACACCCGGCCCGGCCCCGGGGCCGCCGCCGCGCCUUCUUCUCUCCGCGGAGCCGGCGGCGUGCGAGCGGCUGCGAUGAACCCGGUGAAUGCCACUGCUCUCUACGUGUCAGCGAGCCGCCUGGUGCUCAACUACGACCCGGGGGACCCCCAGUCCUUCUCUGAGAUUAACAAGCUCCUGCCCUACUUCAGGCAGUCCCUCUCCUGCUGCGUGUGCGGAAACUUGCUACAAGACCCUAUUGCUCCUACCAACUCCACGUGUCAGCAUUAUGUCUGCAAAACUUGUAAAGGUAAGAAGAUGAUGAUGAAACCAUCAUGUAGCUGGUGCAAGGACUACGAACAGUUUGAGGAGAACAAGCAGCUGAGCAUCUUGGUGAACUGCUACAAGAAACUCUGCGAAUACAUAACGCAGACCCCGCUGGCACGAGAUAUCAUCCAGGCGGUUGAUUGCUCUGCAGAUCUCUUGGCUUUGCUCAAAGAUGGAUCACCACUCCAUGAUGAGACAGAAAAAUCUUCCGACGCAGCCUUGGCUUUGUGUUUGACACAUUCCCCAGUACCUUCAACCUCGGAACUCACGGCUGAUCCUCCAGCUACUUUUACGUCAAUACCUGAAAGCACACACAGCAUUGAUAUUAGAGGUUCUGUUAUCAAUGGGUUGCCCAAUUGUAAUGGGCUUUCGGUAGAUAAAUUGGGGGUGAAUAUUCCUUCUCCUGAACAGGCAAACACGAUUGAUGUCUGUAGUACCGGGGAAUACAUAAAAACUGAGGACAUCUCCGGCAGCCUGCAGCCUGUGUGCGACCCCGUCUCUACGAGUGACCUGUGCACCACAGGCAUCGACAUCUGCAGCUUCAGUGAGGACAUAAAGCCAGGCGGCUCACUCCUCCUCAGCGUGGAGGAAGUUCUUCGGAGCCUGGAGACUGUCUCCAAUACUGAAGUCUGUGAUUCUAAUUUGCAGCCGAGCCUGGAAGCAAACAUGACUAACGGUCCUUUCCUGCAGCUUUCUCCCCCACCUCUUAGCCAUAACAUUUUCAUGUCCACAGAUGCUUCUCCACACGGAAUCUCGUGUACAGCGGCAACACCUAAGGUAGUUAAGUUAAAUAGAAAGCGAUCUCGGUCAGAAAGCGACAGCGAAAAGGUGCAACCUCUACCCAUUUCCAGCAUCAUCUGUGGCCCAACACUGGGCGCAUCAGCUCCAGUAACAGUGAAGCAGGAAAACAAAAUGUCUUUGCAGCCUAUUGCAACGGUGCCCAACGGAGGCACCACUCCCAAAAUAAGUAAAACUGUGCUCCUGUCUAACAAAAGCAUGAAAAAGAAUUUAGAACAUGCCCCUAAGAAAUCUCACCCAAAAGCCAAACCCGGGGUGCUGAAAACAAAAGACAAAGCGAAGGAGAAAGUUCCUAGCAGUAACGUUAUGCCGGGAAGCCCAACAAAAACUGUGUAUAAAAAGCCACAAGAAAAGAAAGGGUGCAAAUGUGGUCGUGCCACCCAAAAUCCAAGUGUUCUUACAUGCCGUGGCCAACGCUGCCCUUGCUACUCGAACCGCAAAGCCUGCCUUGACUGCAUAUGCCGUGGCUGCCAAAACUCGUACAUGGCUAACGGGGAGAAGAAGCUGGAGGCGUUUGCAGUGCCAGAAAAGGCCUUGGAGCAGACUCGGCUUACUUUGGGCAUUAAUGUGACAAGCAUUGCGGUGCGCAAUGCCAGCACAAGCACCAGUGUAAUCAAUGUGACAGGGUCACCAGUAACGACGUUUUUAGCUGCCAGUACACACGACGAUAAAAGUUUGGAUGAAGCUAUAGACAUGAGAUAUGACUGUUGACUCUCUCUUUUCCCUGCCCUCCGUAGGGGAACUGCUACAGUUUUACGGCAGCUAUGGUUCUGUUUAACUUGCUGGAGCUCCUGCGUUUAGAUCACUUGUAUCAAGUGUUUUUCAUUGCUAUGUUCUGUGUAUUAGUGUCUGGGAAAUAGUUGCAGAUAAUGGAGGAGUUACCCUAAAACUGUUCUUAGUUCUUACAGCACCUCAUAGUUUUGAGAUCGAUUGCUGAUGUAAAUGAUUUAUCACAAGAUCUUUGGCAAGGAAUAUAUUAACCUCAUUGUACCUGGUCAUGCUUUGUGCUCAGUCAAAGCUUCUGCUUCAAAGUGGUAUCCAGUUAGUCCAUCGGAACUGUGUUAGAGCACAGCAUAGUGAAGUAAUUGCCCAUUAGUUACAGCCAGGGUGACUAGAAAAUCCCCUGGCGUUCCUGUAGGGAACGCGGCGUGGAGCUGGGGAAUGCCAUCUGAAAAGGGAGGUAAUUUCCCAGUGUGUGUCCCAGAUGAUCGCCCAUACCGACUGUAUGGGACAGUUUAAAAAGGAGGAGUAAUACAUUGAGAAAGCCAGCAGCCCACACAGAGCUUGACCUUCAGCCAAGGGCAGGAGGAUCAGUGCUUGACCAUCACCCUGCUGCCUGCGAUGCACCGGCCUGUUCACAACAUCAUCUGUUGUUCCUUGACAGUCCCACCAGUCAUUCCUCCUCUGUUCUGCCCUCUGUGCCAGCUCUGUCUGUUUGAUGUGUUAUGGACAGUUGGCUGAGGCAAGAAAAUGACUUGUACACCAAGAAGGCUGGAGCUUGAUAGGCUCUGUUCUCCCCUUUUCUCCUCACCCCCCUUCUUUUUUGAAGCUCCUGCUGGUUUUUCUGCUGUUGCUUCUAGAAGAGAGAGGGGAUUUUGUGGGUCACAGAGAGACUGUGGCCGAUUCCUGCCCCUCCGCUGCCAGUUGGUGCCUGGGGUAGAUGGAGCCUUCCACAGCAGCUGGGCUGGGUGGGUUUGAUGAGGUUUGUCCCACAGCAGAGCUGGGACCCGUCCCCUCGACGGUGGUCACUCAGCUGAGGCAGAGGGUUCGGUUGCGAUAAAGUCAAAGGUUUUGGAUGUCUGUUAGACAGAACCAGCUGUAUCGCCCACUUCCAGAAUCCAUCCUGUUCCCCUCCGGUCUGUUGGGAGCGGCUUUCGAAGGUCUGUGCUUGUCAGCCUGGGCUGAAAGGGCAGCAAAUGAACUAACGCAGAGCUGCAAAGAGUUGAGCCCAGACCGCAUUCAGUGGAGCGCACCUCUGUGGAACUGGGCCUGAUGCACAAAUGCCUCAUUUUGGUGUAGUCCCUGAACUCCUCUGCCUGCACUCCCGUUUAGGCUCGUGUUUAAGGCUUCGCUGGCACCAGAGAAAGUCAGGUUCCUUUGUGAAAGCAGAAGCCUCUCCCCUUUGAGUGAUGCAGCACGAUUAAGCAUGGGCUGACUGCAACACAAACCAUUGCCUCCUCAUGUGCAAGGCAGCUCCUGCCUCAGCAUGUAGGUGAAUUUUUGAGUUGCUUCACCGCUUCCAUCUCCCCUUUUCCUCGUCCCAGGAACCCUGCAGCACGCUCUGACCCAGCGUUAGGUGUGUUUUGAUUUGGCACAAAGCAUGUACAAUGAUGGUUCCUCACCUAAGAAAUAAGCAACCCCCUUGGACACAAAUGACACCUCCUUUGUUUGUAGUGUACCAUGGUGUCAUCUCCUGUGAACGUGGUCAGAUCUCUCUGUUGGUUUUGGUUUGUUUCUCCCCCCGUCUUUUCUGUGGGGUGGGUAGGGUGGGGGGUUAAAGCCAUAGGAAGAAAAAUGUGAUGUACGUGUCCAGUCUGUACUUUUUUGUUUUUGUUUUGCAAGAAGAGUUGAAAAAUAUUUUUGAUAAUGAGUAAAUGGUGGAAAAUGCUUCUUAGUAUUCUUGUCUUUAUUUGCCAAUCCAAGUACCCACGAUCUGUGUUUUUUAGCCCUCAUGAGAUUUAACGAUGUCCUAUUAAAAUGUAUUUAGUUAAACUUGUAUGUGAUCUUUGUGUUGACCCAAAGGGAUCCUACCAUUGCCCGAUGUGGUGGUUUGAUCGUGACCUUCUGAUGUAAAUCUGUUCUAGUCCAUUGCGUGUACGCCGAGCAGCCAACCCCGGCUCUGGUUUAAGGGGAGGGAACUGCACAGCAUGGGUUGUUUCGGAAUGCUUUUUCGGAGCUGUUAAGUUUUGCCGAGAUUGUUGCUGGUACAUUGAUUAGGACUUGGAUUAAAUGGAAUACGCAGUACCUUGGCUCCAGAAAUGUGGGAGUACUUGGAAUCUUUACUAUCUCACUGCUGCAUUAAACACGGUACCAACAGCUGGAGAUUCGGGCCAAGCGUGCUUUGGAACCGCCGACAGGAGAGCCCUGAUCGUUGAUGUAAACUGCAAACGGUAGAUUCAGGUUGUUCCUAAGAACAUUUUCUUUUAUGCUGCCACCUUCUUGAAAUGUCUAUUA